UUCUGUUUCAAAAAUGGACGCGUCCUGCUCGAGUCAGGCUAACUCUACAAGGUUAAAAUAAAGCUUUGCGGACAGCUGUGCUGUACUUUAAAAGACAUGACAAUAUGGAGCAGCUCCGAGAGAUUCGUUAAGCUCUGCUCUGUUUACAGCAUGUCUCUGAAGAAUGCUUCGGCGUGUCUGCAGAGGCUGCAGAUCUUACACCUGACCCCCUUAAGAAAGAAGCCCUUCAUCAGUGCCAUGCUUACCCAAAACAGACCUCUACACUGUGCCACUCGUCAGCUCCAGUGCAGAAACCUGGACGGUCCAUCUCCAGCCACAUCUGCCACCUCAGCGAGUUCUUUCACGGACAAAACAGCAGAGAAUGGACAGUGUCCUUCUGAACCAGCACACCCGGGCCCUCCACCCCCUCCCACUUGUUGCUGCAUGAGUGGCUGCCAUAACUGUGUCUGGAUUGAGUACGCUGAGCAGCUGCUGAAAUACUACAGUGACGGUGGAGAGAAAGCUCUAGCUGCCAUAGAGGAGAACAUUCAGGAUGAGAACCUCAAGACUUACCUUAAAAUGGAGAUCAGGCUACUCAAGAGGCCUUGAUUUCCCCCCCCUUUAACCCUCUACAAGACUGUUGAUUUCUCUCUUUUUAAAAUGCUGUUGUGGUUUGAGAAGGCGUAUGCGUUUUAGCUCAGUUUUGCUGGUGAGAUCUUAAAUUUUCCAAGGUCAGAAGCUUUUGCAUCCUUUUAAAACAGUGCACUGUCGACCUUUGUGAAUUUGUGACCACCUCUGACCAUGUUAGAUAUACAGAAAGUACUGUAGAAUUUUUUAGUCAGAUAGACUUGCUUUUAGGAGCUCUGACCAAGUUUUAUUUAUAAAAUAAUCCAGUUAGUUUACAGUUCAAGAGAUCUUAACACUCCAGGUGGCCCAACCUGUAUUAUGCACUAGGGUCAGUCGUUAAGCCUUGCCUUGGACCAGAUUGCAGUUCCAAUGGUAAAUCAUCAUUUUAUUCUAAGCCUAGACUAAAUCUGGUUUUAGGAAGCCAGCCCUAUAUGUCCAAAUGUUUGUAGAGACCUGUUUCUCCUACAUUUCUGUAGAAAUCAGGGGUAUUAAAGGCUAAAAGACUAAAGUUGCUAACAAACACUAGAAGUCAAUAGUCACCCAAAUCCUUUCUGUAAAUAUAUGCCAAAAACUUGCACAAAAUGCGCAUCAUUCAUCAGUAUAAUGGUGAAUAAUUUUGUUCUUGAGAAAGGUCCCAUGAAAAAGUCUACAUCAGAUUCAUGAUGUGUUCUUAAACUGCGCAGUUGUUUGCAGCUUCAUGCUGUUGAGGAUGUGCAGAUUCUGAUGUUAUCAAAGAGCAAAUCCCAAAUAAGAAAAAUUGAGUGCAUUUAAAUGCUCCAAAUAAUCUGAUAACUGCAGAAAAUCAGAUUUUGUCAGUAAUCCAAUCAAUGUAUUUAUAUACACUUGAGUAAUCAGAUAAUUGGUCAGACAAUAAUCAGCCUUCUGCUUUGCGACCAGAAAAUAAACUUCCAGAGGAAGACAUGAUGUAAACGUAAAGGUAAACUCUUUUUAAUUUAAAACUUUUUUUUAAACAUCAUGCCACUUUAUCUGAAAAAAUGGACAUACAUCAUUUAGAAGAUGAAGAAUAUUUAAAUCACUCAUUUCAUCAAGCCGUAGUUGUUUUCAGCAUCACUUCAAAAGUGUUUUGCUGCAUCUUGUAGCAAUGCUUCUUGCUUAUUUUCAGUACCGCGGUCUGUUUUCACACAUGCUCAGACUGAGAAAUCUGUAAGAAAUCAGAAUAAGAAUUUACAUGCAUUGAGAAAUCCAGUUAAUGAGCUAAAAUCCAGCUCUCUUUAUUGGAUUUCCUAAUCAAAUUUCUAGACCAUACCCUGAUCUAAGAAAUAGGAGUAUGCUGUUUACAUGACCAUUUUGAAUAAUAAUAAUGAAUUUUAUUUGUAACGCAAUUUACAUUUUAAGCAAAUCUCAAAGUGCUAUACAGUAGAACCAUUUCAAUGAAAUCAAAGGGGGGUGCUUUAUACCCCAAUGAUGCUUGGCAUUGGGCAAGGCAGUGCAUCAGCAAUGGGUGCUCCUUAAAGUGGCUGAAUUCACUCAUUAGAAGGGUUUUCUGAAUACAUGUGAACAUAAAUAAGUUAUGCAGACAUAUAAUCCUAUGGUGGACAUCUGCUAAUGGAGUUUCUCCGUUGAAACCCCUUUGUUUGGUUCAUAUUAUUUCUAAUAUAGUUAUGAAGUCUGUGUGGUCUGUAAGCAUUUCAGUAUUAAGUCCAGUCAUGUUACACUCCAGAGAAGAGUUGUCAUUGGUGAAAGGAAGCAGUUAUGCAUACUUGCGGGGAUCUUGAAUGGAUAAUGUCUCGGGGAAAUGGGUGGAACCAAAACUGCAGUUAGUCUGCACUCCUUACAUUCUGCAUGGUCUUAGGCAGUGGAUGCACAAGCAUUUUCCUUGUUUAAGAAAACUUCAAAGCACAUUUUUAUUUGUAAUUUAUAUAUGGUUUAAUACUUUUAUGAUGACUAACUUCACACAUACUAUUUAUGCUGAUUCACUUCUGAUACUUAAAUCUGCUACAUAUAUGAUAUCAAGGAAACUGAACUUCUGAUCUCAGCUCACCAGAACAGAGGAACUUCCACAGUUACAUGCUCUUUUGCACGGAUGAAAGAAACGCACAAUUUUUAAUGUUAGUUAUAAAUUGUAUUUAUUUAUUGCAACUUUGAUGUGAAGCGAAAAGAUUUGAGUAAAAUAAAGUGUAAUACUGUCUUCUGCCUGUAGAGGGAGUUGGUCAUCAAGAAAGUGGAGAAGAGCUUAGCUGACUGACCUGUCUGACCUUGCUGUUGAUUUGUGGACUUGAACUUGGUGAGGAUGUAUAGAUACACCAGAAAACGAUACUUUGAAGUGCCUAAUUUGUCAAUGAACAUAUGCUAAUACUUAUUAAUUCUAAAACUG